CUCUCUCAAGACUUCAAAGAUCAUCCAGCAAAACCAAAAACAAUGUCCAAGCCUGCAGAGGAGCUGAGGGUCGUGCUCAUUGGAAGGACUACAACUCUGGUGACUUCAGCCAAGGACAUCAUGGAAAAACAUCUGACGGAGACAAAGUCAAAGAUGGUUUUGGUUGACGCUCCUGGUCUGUGCCAGAAAGACAAAGACGAAAAAGAGGUGCUGAGUGAGAUCGUCACAUCCAUCUUCAAGUCUGGUUCUCAGCGUGGCCCUCACGUGUUCCUGUAUGUGCAGGAAUGGGAGAAUUAUUUUAACAAACAUGACAAGGACAGAAUGGAACUCUUUAAGUUGAUGUUUGGUAACGAUUCAAUGCGUUACUUUCUCCCCUUGAUCACAGGUGUAAGGAAAGAACUGUCUGAAGAUGAUAAGAAAAAAAUAGUGGAUUUUUUUGAGAAAUAUGGAUUUGAAUCAAAGAAAUUUGGUGUCAUUGGUAAGGAUGUUGACAAGGCCAAAGAACAAGUGGCUGAGCUAGAGAAGGAGAUCACUGAGAUGGAUAAAAAGAACAACGGGGCAUAUUACACAGUCGACAUGCUCAAAGAGGCACAGGAAGCCUUACUCAAGAAAAUUCCGGGCAAUAAACAUGAUGAUGCAAAAGAAAGCAGUCUGCACUGUGCAGCUAGAGACUUGUUAACUCAGGUACUGGGGCCCGACACUGCUAGAUUGGUCCUACAAGCUAAUACCUGGCUGGCAAAGAAGUUAGCUGAAUGCAUGUAGUGAGAUCAGCGAGCCAAGAAGCAGAACAAAUAAAGCGCACAAAAAAAAAAAGGCUGAAAAUAAAACUUUGAUUCUGAUUUCAGACGAGCUUCAGAGAGAAAUGAUGUUUAAAAUGAU